AUGCAUAACCUCUAUCUUGGAACUGCAAAGCAAAUGAUUCAGAUAUGGCGCGAGUGUAACUACAUCAAUGAAAAGAAUCAGUUAACUAUGCAAGAGCUUGCCAAUGGUAUUGUUGUACCUUGUGGAUAUGCACGUAUAACAAAGAAGAUUGCCAAUGGUUUUUCGUUCAUGAAAGCUGACAAGUGGAAGUUGUGGUGCAUCAUAUACUCUCCAUUUGUUCUGAAGCAUGUGCUCCCAGCCAAGAAUCUCGAAAACUGGAUUUUGUUUGAUGACGCAUGCCGCUUACUCACAAAACCUUCGAUCAAUGACAAAGAAAUAGACGAAGCCCACAGUAAACUCCAAUUGUUUUGUACAAGAUUUCAGACACUGUAUGGAAAAUCGGCCGUGACACCGAAUAUGCAUUUACAUCUUCAUCUUGGCAAGUGUAUUCAUGACUUUAGGCCAAUUUAUGCUUUCUGGUUAUUCAGUUUUGAGAGAUACAAUG